AUGAGAUUUUCAAAAGCUGUUAUUUUAGCUUUUAUUACUAGUUCAUUAGCUGCUCCCGCUGUUAAACAUCAAAACCAAAAAAAAGAUGUUGAUUGUCAAGAUGCCGUAUUCCAUGGUCAUCAUAAACAUAAAAGAGCAAUUGUUUACGAUUAUGCUUAUGUUACUGUUACUGUUGACUCAAAUGGUAAUCCAGUUACUACUUUAGAGCCAGUCACUUCAACUGAAUCAACUGCUGAACAAGAACAAUCUAGUUCAACUGCUACUAAUGUUUCAUCAACUACUAAUAUUAUUCAAAAUGAUUCAUUAACUAAUCAACCACAACCAAGUGUUGCUCAAUCUAAAGGUACUGUAGCUCCAUCUCAACCUACAUCAGGUUCAUCAAAUGGUAUUAAUGGAGAUUUACAAAAUUUCCAAAAUCCAACUCAAGAAUUCCAAGAUGGUGUUUAUUCAUGUGAUCAUUUCCCAGUAGGUCAAGGUGUUAUUGCAUUAGAUCAAUUAGGAUUUGGUGGUUGGUCAGGUAUUUAUAAUACUGAUACUUCAACUGGUGGUUCUUGUAAAGAAGGUUCUUAUUGUUCAUACGCUUGUCAAAGUGGUAUGUCAAAAACUCAAUGGCCAGAUGCUCAACCAGCUAAUGGUGUUUCAGUUGGUGGUUUAAUUUGUAGAGGUGGUAAAUUGUAUAAAACCAAUCAAAGAUCAAACUACUUAUGUGAAUGGGGUAUUGAUAAAGCUAAUGUUGUAAGUGAAAUUAGUGAUUCAGUUGCUAUUUGUAGAACUGAUUAUCCAGGUACUGAAAAUAUGGUUAUUCCAACAGUUGUUAAUGGUGGAGGAUCAAAUGUUUUAACAGUUGUUGAUCAACAUACUUAUUACACUUGGAGAGGUGGUUCAACUUCAGCUCAAUAUUAUGUAAACAAUGCAGGUGUUUCAUAUCAAGAUGGUUGUUUAUGGGGUGAACCAGGUUCAGGUGUUGGUAAUUGGGCUCCAUUGAAUUUCGGUGCUGGUUAUGCUAAUGGUAUUGCUUACUUAUCAUUAAUUCCAAAUCCAAAUAAUUAUAGUCCAUUAAAUUUCAAUGUUAAAAUUGUUGCUGCUGAUAGUAAUUCAAUUGUUAGUGGUUCUUGUGUUUAUGAAAAUGGUUCUUAUAAUGGUAAUGGUAAAGAUGGUUGUACUGUUGGUGUGAGUAGCGGUAAGGCCACUUUUUUACUCCAAAAAAUCUAG